AGCAGCUUCUUCUCUCCCAAACGCUCGCGCUACAUCGCGUUGCCACAGUCACCAAAAACACUGCAGAUUAGAAGUAGCAACGUUACUGGUAGCAGGUCACCGCCGCCGGUGCAGCGCAUUUUGAGCUCAGGACCUGAGUAUGACUCCUCAGACGUUUCACUGCGACUGAACAAGACGGACGACCGUUGGUAACAUGGCUUCGUAUUUGCAGAUCGCUGACGAUGAGAAGGGCCAUGAGCUGGACCUUUUCUGUGUCCCCAGACAUUAUGAGAACGAUUUGGACAAGGUGAUCAUCCCGCAUGGACUCAUCAUGGACAGGACGGAGCGUCUGGCCCGGGACAUAAUCCAAGACAUGGGGGGACACCACAUAGUAGCCCUGUGUGUGCUAAAAGGGGGCUACAAGUUCUUCGCAGACCUCCUGGACUACAUCAAAGUGCUGAAUCAGAACAGCGAUAAAUCAGUGCCGCUGACGGUGGAUUUCAUUAGGGUGAAGAGCUACUGUAAUGAUAAGUCAACAAACAGUGUCAAAGUCAUUGGAGGGGAUGAGCUGUCCAAUCUCUCAGGCAAGAAUGUUUUGAUUGUAGAGGAUAUUGUGGAGACUGGAAGGACGAUGCAGACGCUACUUUCUCUGCUGAGUGAAUGUAAUCCCAAGAUGGUUAAAGUUGUAAGCCUUCUGGUGAAGAGGACCCCGAGGAGUUCAGGGUACAGACCAGACUACAUUGGCUUUGAGGUGCCUGAUGCCUUUCUGGUGGGUUACGCUUUGGACUACAACGAGUACUUCAGAGAUCUCAGUCACAUCUGCAUACUUAAUGAUCAAGCCAAGGAGAAGUACAAAGUGUGAGCAGAGGCGAUGACUGAAUCAAUGAAGACUAGGACCACUGUGACGACCCUCCUUAGCUUUGCUGUGUUUGGAAUCUUAUUUAUUUUUCUACAUAUGAAUCCACAACAUGUGACUUGUGGGUUGUAAAUAACUUCAAGAACAUUUCAUUUCCCUCCCCCUUAUUGAAUACGUGGGAUCAAUUAUUUAUUUAAUGAAUAUUUGGGUUGUUCAAUUUUAAUUUAUUUAUUCACUCAUUGUGUAUAGACUUUUCUUGUAAAUUGCAGUUUUAUCUUGAAGAUAUUUGUUUUGGCUCAUCCAAUCACAUGUCUCAGGCUACUGCUUUAUGUUCAGUGAGCUGUCAGUCACAUUUAAGUAGCCUUUUGUACAUGUUUCUGCAUCGACUUAAAAUACUGCAUAUAUCCUCUCAUUAUGCCAUAACAUGACUGACUUGGAAUGUACUGUAUGUUUUAUUUCAUAUCUUGUGUUUUCAUCAAGGACCUGUUUACAGCAAUACAAAUCCCGUUGAAACCUUGAA